CACCACCACCACCAGCGCAACCAUGUCCCAGCCCAAGACAAAGUCCAAGUCUUCCAAGUCGUCCAAGAGCGACCCCUCCAAGGUGCACAAGCUUGCCUUGAAGGGAUCCUCCAAAGUGGUCAAUGAAUUCUUUGAGUAUUCCAUCAAUUCAAUCCUUUUCCAGCGAGGCGUUUACCCCGCGGAGGACUUCACGGCGGUCAAGAAGUAUGGGUUGACCAUGAUGGUGACUGCUGAUGACCAAGUCAAGGCUUACAUUAAGAAGAUCAUGGGCCAGCUCAAGGAGUGGAUGUACGGCGGUAAAAUUUCAAAGCUGGUCAUCGUCAUCACGAGCAAAGAGACUGGGGAGCAUGUCGAGCGUUGGCAGUUUGAUGUCCAAAUCUUUGGGAAAAAUUCAAAGUCAAAAUCCUCCAAGAAGAGUACCGACCAGGAAAAUGCUGCUCCAGACGCCAGUGAUGCACCAGAGGAGAAGACCGAAGCGGAAAUCCAGGCAGAGAUUCAGUCCAUCUUCAGGCAAAUCACAGCCUCUGUGACGUUUCUACCCAUGCUGGACGGCAACUGCACUUUCAAUGUGCUUGUGUAUGCUGAUGCCGACUCCGAGGUGCCGCUUGAGUGGGGUGACAGCGAUGCGAAGGAGAUCCAAAACGGCGAAAAGGUGCAACUCCGAAGCUUCAGUACUAGCAAUCAUCGCGUCGACACAUUGGUGAGCUACAGCGACAUUCAUGCUGUCCUCUUUGUUUGGGUCUUUCCAAUUUUUUACUUUCGAGGUUUCGGUCGGGCGCUCGGAGUACCACCAAUACAUGAUUCAACGGCUAUUCGGGUCCAGGAUUGCCGCAUUAUUACAUCAAUGUCACGAUUGACCAAUAGAGUUCUUCUUUCUUCUCUGAGAUCCCCAAAGUGUGCACAGGGUCUAACAGGCGUCGGUUGCCCUAUGCCAAUUCUUGGUAGUGGUGUGGGGCGCGGCGCUUUUGUGAUCAAUGUGGAUCCUGAGUCCCACACAGCUUCCGUUCCAUCUAGUCCAAUCCACUUCGCAUGGCCAAGGUAUGGCAGUUUUGGCAUUACGAACCUGGAGUCGCAGAUAGGUCGAGCAGCACGCCGCGCUAACACGGAACGCAGAUCCCUAUGCCAGGGACAAUUAGUGCCCCAGUACAACAACAAAGUCUCGAAUCCCCAAAUAAUGCAAAAGCCAAUCAUGUUACAACAAAAGACCGAAAGUAAGCGUUGUUUAAUGAUUCCGGCAUCCACUAUGAACAUUCGCAAGAAGGCAUUAUCACACCACUUGAACGGACACCGGCCCGACACGCACCUUAGCCACUAA